UAAAACCAAGCCAACCUGUUGAGUGUCCCAGUGCUGAAGGCAGGGUGUUGGCGCACUGUGUGGAGAAAAGUCGCCAGUUCUGAGUCAGCCAUCCGCGUGCUCGUGACAAAUUUCCUCCUUUUUAUCGCUGCUUAAAACAACGUGUCAGAGGUACACAGCCUCAAGCUUGAAGAUGUCAAAAAUCUGUGCUUUGGUGUUGGUGACACUUGUGUCGCUGGUGUUUGCAGAAGAGCAGAACUUGGAAGAUGACCCAUUUACCUUUGACUACCACAGACUGCGUGUUGGAGGCCUGAUUCUAGCUGCUGUCCUCUGUCUCAUUGGCAUCACCAUCCUGCUCAGUGGCCACUGCAGGUGCAAGUUCAACCAGGACAAGAGACGGAGGACAGGAAGCAAUGCUCAGCAGAUGCUCUCCGACCAAGCUCGUUCCUGCGACUGCUAGACGUCGACCGGAACACACGCUGACUUCCCGAACCUGCAGCCGCCAGAUAACACGGAGGAGCAGCAGCGGGAUCUGAACCAUCCAACCAGAGGCUUUUGUUUUAUUGUUAGAGAGCGACAGAGAGUAGUUUGUGUGUGCCUGCGAUGAGGUGUGAUGCUUUCUGCCUGCUAACUGAGCUACUGAUCUGCAGCCUGCACCUUCACACACACACACACACACACACACACUCGGACCUACACACACUUUUACACACAACUUCACUUUCAUUUCAGUCACUUGAACUUAUUUUUUGGUAUUUAGAUGGUAAAAAUAAGGCUUUAACAUGAAGAAACUGACAUUUCCAACCUCUUGACAAUUCCUUCGAUAACUGAGUGUGAAUGCUUUGUGAUUCAUCGUUGACAGUUUUGGUUGAUUGAGCCGGAAAGCAACAUACAUUCAUACAAUGGUAACACAAACCUAUUACCAAAAACUUCCAAAAAAGUGUCUGCAUACUGUCGGUUGUGUCAAUGUCUCGCGCUGCUUCUGAUGUCUGUACUGAAUGUGUAAGGUAAACAUUGAUGUAGAUAUUAGUCGCUUGUUGUCACCAACCUAACCCACUGUCCAAACUUUCAUGUCAAGUAUAUGAAAUCCAAGUAGUCAUGAGUGUUUAGAGCGGUGUUUAUAAAUCAUGCUAAUCUGUUAAUUCCCAUGUUUAGCGUAAUGGUUGAAAGUAGUGGAUUGCACUGUUCAGAGAUGCAGAAAGACUCUAUCAUGUUUCUAUAAAAGAGUUAAUGAAACGAACUGUGAGCUAUGGAGUUUUAAUGAGUGAGUGUGUGCAUGUGCGUGCAAAAGUUUUAACACUCAUAUUACAUAUACAGGAUUUAGAAUUUCUUGUUUUUAGAAUAUCGUUAUUUAAAUUCCUUUUUUCCCAAUCCUUAUGUUUUACUCUUAUUAUUAUUACUAUUGUUGCACAUUAGCCUUUUAGCCCGUCCACUGGAGUACAUCAUUUCAACAUUUCACUGCAAACAUUGAACAUACAGUUUCUCUCAGUCGCUUUGGUGCUUUUCUCAGAUCAGAAUGAAAAUUCUCAUAACUCUUAGUUCAACCUCCACAACAUUUAGUCAUUUGUGCACAUCAUAGUAGAAAUUUCUCCUUCCUCUGAAGCAGUUGCAAAUGUUUAUGGACAUGUUUCAGUUGCUUUCAUACAAUUCUCUGCUGUUUUAAACAUUAUCAUUUGCUUAUGUCAUGUCAGUCAAAAUAAACUAUACUCAUGGAUGCUGAAUAGAA